GUUAACAAAAAGAAAAUACAAAGAAGAGUUACAGAGACAAGAACACAGAAGAAGACAGAUUCCCUCUCUUAUUUCUUUGUCUUAAGGUGGAAAAAAUAAUUAGAUUGGAAGAUGUCAAUCAAGGAAACAGAAGAGGGAAUAAUGGAGAAUGAGACUGAAGAGAGAGGAUUUGAGUUAAACAUGAAGAGCUUUCUAUGGCAUGGUGGUUCUGUCUAUGAUGCUUGGUUUAGCUGUGCAUCAAACCAGGUUGCUCAAGUUCUAUUGACGCUACCUUAUUCAUUUUCACAAAUGGGAAUGGCAUCAGGUGUAAUUCUUCAGAUCUUCUAUGGUUUUAUGGGAAGCUGGACAGCUUAUCUCAUCAGUGUUCUCUACGUUGAGUACAGAAGUCGAAAAGAGAGACAAAAUGUUAACUUCAACAACCAUGUCAUUCAGUGGUUCGAAGUGUUAGAUGGUUUGCUUGGUCCAUAUUGGAAAGCAAUAGGAUUAACAUUCAACUGCACAUUUCUCCUCUUUGGUUCUGUUAUCCAACUCAUCGCUUGUGCAAGUAACAUAUAUUACAUAAACGACAAGCUGGACAAGAGGACAUGGACAUACAUAUUCGGAGCAUGUUGUGCAACCACAGUGUUUAUACCGUCAUUUCACAACUAUAGAAUAUGGUCAUUUCUCGGCCUUGGCAUGACCACUUACACCGCUUGGUACCUUACCAUCGCGGCUCUUGUCCACGGUCAGGUCGAAGGAGUGACUCAUUCCGGUCCAACCAAAAUGGUUCUGUACUUCACCGGAGCGACUAAUAUAUUGUACACUUUUGGUGGCCAUGCUGUGACCGUGGAGAUAAUGCAUGCAAUGUGGAAACCAAGAAAGUUUAAGUACAUAUAUCUAAUGGCUACACUAUAUGUCUUCACCUUAACCAUCCCAUCGGCUAUUUCCGUAUAUUGGGCCUUUGGAGAUGAGCUUCUCACUCAUUCUAAUGCCUUCUCCCUCCUUCCAAACUCACCGUGGCGCGACGCCGCAGUUAUCCUCAUGCUCAUCCACCAGUUUAUAACGUUCGGGUACGCGUGCACGCCGCUAUAUUUCGUGUGGGAGAAAGUGGUGGGAAUGCAUGACACAAAUAGCAUUUUGGUGCGAGCGGUGACGAGAUUACCGGUGGUGAUUCCAAUAUGGUUAUUAGCCAUAAUCUUCCCUUUCUUCGGUCCAAUAAACUCAGCCGUUGGUGCACUCCUAGUCACAUUCACCGUCUACAUCAUCCCAUCCAUCGCUCACAUCCUCACUUACCGUUCUGCUUCUUCCCGACAAAACGCCGCCGAGAAACCACCGGCCUUGAUCGGCGGUUGGAGAGGUGCGUUUGUGGUGAACGUGGUGGUGGUGGUUUGGGUGUUUGUGGUUGGUUUCGGUUUAGGAGGAUGGGCGAGUAUGACUAAUUUCAUUAAACAAGUUGAUACUUUUGGCCUCUUUGCUAAAUGUUAUCAGUGUCCUCCUCGCUAACAUUUG